AUGGCCAAUCCACCUCAGGAUUUUGAGGUUCAGAUCGCGGCCGACGAGGAGCAAGAUGAUUCUCACUCGGAGAUGGGAACCAGCAUUGCGUCCUCUAGUACGAGUCUGCGCAGCUCACUUCUAGACUAUCGCCGUGAAAAUGGUCGGACUUAUCAUCGAUACAAGGAUGGAAAUUUGGUUAACCACCUAUGUCUUCUCACGCUGGAUGGCGAGCUUGGCAUCGCUCCACCCUGUAGAGAAGAUGCCAAAGUUGGCCGCGUUCUUGAUGUCGGUACAGGCACGGGCAUCUGGGCGGUUCAGUUUGGCGAUGACCACCCAGAGGCCGAUAUCUUGGGUAUCGACCUUUCCGCCACUCAGCCUAGCAGUAAUCUCGAGCCUGGUGGCUAUGUUGAGCUUCAGGAGACCGCUAUUUUUGCUCAAUCUGAUGAUGGAACCUUGAAGCCCGAACAUGCUUUGUCUGAUUGGUCCAAAUAUCUUAUGGAAGCUUCGAUCAAGCUUGGAGCAGCGUGGGUCAAUACGCCCGAGCUAAGAGAGAUUAUGGUCGAGGUAGGGUUUGAAGAUGUCGCGCUGAGCACUUACAAGUGGCCGACGAACACCUGGCCGAAAGACGAACACUUCAAAGAGCUGGGCUCAUGGAACAACGAAAAUUUUAUGACGGGGAUGGAGGCAAUUACGAUGGCACCCCUCACACGUGCCUUGGACUGGAGCCCCGAAGAGGUCAGAGUCUUUCUCAUCAAAGUCCGCAAGAACGGAAACGACCGAAACAUCCACGCUUAUUGGCCUCAGUAA